AUGCACAAGAACAACAGCUCCCAGUCCCAUGACCAUAUUUCACCCCAGAUAACAUUCCCGAGUCCGUGCGUCGAAAUAUCUUGGCACGAACUCCAACCUCAAUCGUCAACCACAACCCCAUCACUCUCCAUCUCCACUCAGCCGAUCUACCCUCUCCUCCGAGACAAGCCACCAAUUCGAUCCCAUUCAACCAGCUCGAAGCUUCUUCUCCCUAUAUACCACCAGGAGGAGGCACUCACGCCACCCUCUCAACCCCCAACCGCUCUCUCCACCGCCGCGGAGUAGAAUAAAAAAAAGGCAGCUUUACCAAAAUGCUCGCCCGAACCACCCUCCUCCCCCUCCGCUCCAUACUCCUCCGCCCCACCGCCGCAUCAUCGCGCGUUUCUUCGUUCCCGACAACACAAGCGACGCGCAGCCUCGCCACGUUCUCCACGCGACCGAGCGUACUUUCACUCGCUACACCGUCGCGAUCCGGAUACUCAGCAUUGAGCGAUGGACUGCGAGCCGGGACUGUAGGGAAAGCGGGAAUCGCGGCGAGUGUUGGAUAUGGGCAGGUUAGAGGCAUGAAGGUGCGCAGUUCGGUUAAGAAGCUUUGCGAGGGGUGUAAGAGUGUGAGGAGGAAGAAGGGGAAGUAUGUUUAUAUCAUUUGUGAUAAGAAUCCAAAGCAUAAGCAGAGGUGAGCG